AUGACAGGUCCUGAUUUUAUAGCCAUUGAAGCUAUGGUGAUCCCGAUUAGUGCAGUAGCGAGUCCUGUCUCACCAUUACGCUGCCUUCUGAUGGUGGUCAGGAAGAGGAGCGAAGGACGAGGCUGCCCCCUAGUGGGAAAGCCACAAGAAGCAGCGACGCUUCCAAUCAGCUCACACCUUGAAGUAUUGCAAGGAGAUGAAUGGGCUCCGCAUUUCCAGCUUCAGGGACUCCAUUUCAGAGUCGCUGGGGAGGAUAUUGGGGGCAGGAAUGGGAAACAAGGGAGGGUUUGGGUUUUAAAUCAGCGUGAUUCUGAUCAUCUCGCAAAUUUGAAUAUUCUGCGCUGGGAGGCGACUUUCUGUUUCACUUUCCCAGACCCGGGUCAGGGGCCAAGCCCUUGCAAGUCGAGAGACCCAGGACUUGCUCUCUUCCCUCUGCGUUCGCGCAGCCUCCAGCUGUAUCUCCGGCGUCGCGAGGGUAGCCAGACCCAGCCAGCCUCCCCGGGAUCCGCCCACCAGCCGCGGUUUCCAUGGCGACCCGAUGGCGCCGCGUUCCGCAGCCUUAGGGCGGGGCAAGGGGCGGAGACCUAUCUCUCUCUCCAGGCGCUCAGCGCCCGACAUGCAAGUGGGAAGGGGAUUCUCGUCCAGGACGAUUCAAAUACUUCGGACAGACUCACCGACUGCCCGGCUGAGAGAAUCUGUGAGGUCUACCUGCCUAGCAGUUUGCCUUUGCACGGUCCUCCCGUGAGGAGUGAGAACACACAGAUGAAUCCAUUACCUCCCAUACAGACUGGACAUUCUCCACGGAAUGAAGCAGACAUGCCUCAAUCCCAUGGCCUAAAGCUCUUGCGAGCCAAGUGUGUAACUUACUAUGAAAGCAUUGGGAUCCUCGAGGGUGAUUCUUCCAGAAAUGGCAGCCAAUCAGUGUUGAAGGCUUCCCAAGACACCCAAGUGAACCCCACAGAACAUCAGACCUUCAGGCUGAGGAGCCCUCAGGCAUUACCUCAUUAUUUAGCAAAUGGAAGGAAACCUCCACUCCUUGAAGUGUCCGAAGUGACUCCCGGAGAAGCAGAGCAAUACUGGGACCAGAGAGCCCAGUGAGGGCCCAAGAGGAAUUGCUGCCCGACUGAAUGGCAUCUCCAUAUGGUGGCUGAUGCCUUGGUUCCUGGGACACAGAAGCUGAGUCAUAUUAUAAAUUGGGCCCAGAAAUUCUUGUCCAGCUCUCCUGAAGAGCACAAGUUGAAAAGUCCCAAAACUGCUAUAGGACUCCCUUGGUCUAACUUUUGCCAAAGUUCGAAUGCUCUAGGAAAUAAGAAAAAGGGUUAUCUGAGAUCAUCUGAUUCUCCCCCUCUGCUCAGAGACCAGUCUGGUACCCAAAAGCAUAUUCCUAGUUUCCCUUUAAGCUCCCAGAAUAACUUGUCAGAAAUCGCCUUGUCUUUGGAAUUUUCAAAUUCCUUCCUGAAGGAUUUUCCUGGCUAUCAGUCUUGUGGGUGGCAAGAAACUACAGUUAGGAAUGAGAGGGAGGGAGGAGCUGCCAUGCCCCCUGCUAAAAGUCUUAAGCAGGAAGAUUCUGCUCAGCAAAAAUAUGACAGAGCAGGAAAUAGACAUAUCAGAACCCAGUGAGGAUGAGACGUUUCCUGAGAGGUCGGGGUUCAGCCACAACUCAGAUAUACUUAUGUAGAUAGUAAGGUUUUAGAGGAGACUGGGCAGAGCCCACCAAGAAAUGGUUACUUCUGGAAUCCACUGACAGACAUCUCAGAGGAGGAACUUUUAGAUGAACCUGGGAGAGGGAAGGGAACUCUCAGAAGGGGUGUUGUAGGCAGGAAAUGCAGAGUUUCCGGGAAUUUCCUUAUCUCCCACAAGGGGUAGCACACUGGUGCCAGAAAUCACUGUGCUGGAAGGUAGCGUUUCCUCUCCUGGAGACACACCCUUGGGAGAGGAUGUCAGGGUGGAGUUCAGAGUAAAGCCUGCAGGGAUGCCCAAGGGUGCUAUAGCAGGAUGUCAGGUUGACAACUGCAGAGGUGAUGACCCCAUUCAGAGGCUGCCUGAGGGUCAACAGACAGCCCCCUGCGACAGCUCCAAUGGAUGGAGAAAGGAAUCGGACAACACAGUGUUCACUUUAAGCUCCCCCCAGAUCGAUACUAAUAAAAAUGAAUGGAGACAUGCCACUACAAGGACAGAAGGAGAGACCGAUGGGGAGAGUACCAAGAGGCGGUCAGAGCAGUUGUGUGCAGAGUUCUGUUAAAAGCAGCCCUUGGCCAGGUGCGGUGGCUGACGCCUGUAAUCCCAACACUUUGGGUGGCUGAACUGAGACGGGUGGAUCAUGAGGUCAGAAGUUCAAGACCAACCUUGCCAACAUGGCGAAAUCCCAUCCCUACUAAAAAUAGAAAAAUUAGCCAAGUGUGGUGACUCAUGCCUGUAAUCCUAGCUACUCGGGAGGCUGAGGUAGGAGAAUUGCUUGAAGCUGAGAGGCAGAGGUUGCAGUGAGCUGAGAUUGUGCCACUGCACUCCAGCCUGGGCUACAGAGAGGGACUCCGUCUCAAAAAAAAAAAAAAAGCAGCCCUCCUGAGAUAACUCUGAGGCAGUUUGAUCUAGCACAUCCUGAAAGUUAUCGGGGCCCUCAAGUUGCCACCCUCUCGUUGAAUAUGUUGGAGGGCCCCCUGGAGAAUGUGGCCUUUCAUGUACAUUCAGGUUCUGGUACCUUCCAUGAACCCACUGCAGAUGGCACAUGGUAUAUGCAGGGCAGCACCUGGUUUCACCAGUUCCCACCACCUGGGAUGGACAGAAGAUUAGUGCAGACCCCCUGAGUGGAGACCCAAGGAAAUAACUCAAGAGCAAAAGGAAAAGCCGCUGCCUUCAAUUUAUCCCACUUCCAGGGACUUUUUCACAACUGGUGUGAAGGGAUCCUUGCCAUUCCAGGAUGUCCGUGAUAGCCUCUCUUGGAGUAAUGACCCAUCACAUAAACCAGAGCAUGGAGUCGGUGUACUGGAGACAUAUUUCUGCUAUUUGCAUGUGUGGAACAAUAUCAGGGGUCUCUUUUCAGAAGAGGGAAACUCCUCUUUACCUUUCCAGGGGCCUGGACUGAAUCAGAGUCAGUUAUUGUAUCUCCAGGAGGGAAAGGCAGGUCUGAAGGGGCCGGCAUAGAAGGGAAGACGCAACAGUGGAGAGAUGGAAGCAGGAGCAAGGCAGCCAUGGAAGGUGAGGGGAGUGUCCACCCCCAAGGAGGAGGCUGGGCCAAAGAGGCAGCUCUGGAGGUGAACAGCUUCUGGAAGCCUGAAGGCUACUAUGGUAUGAAAUGAGAGUUGGGCAAAAAAGUCUCAUGAGCAGCAAUUUGUUGGCACUUGUAUAACCUGUCACGUGGCCACUGGGGAUGAGACACAGGCCUCCGGGCCUCUGGCUUCAUCACGUACUCACUGUUAUUAAGACCUCUGGGCUUCAUUUUCCAUAAACAUCAAAUGGGGGUAAUUAUCAGCAUAUAGUAUAUACUGUAAGAUGCUAUGCCAAUAUUUGUUGUACUUUGUCAGACCAAAAGCCAUUAGCUGGUUAAAAGUAAUCUUAGUAAAUCGUUAUUCUGAAAGGUAAAAGCUACAGCAUUUUUCUGAUUGGAUCUGCCUCUCUCUGAGGUGCUGGCAUUUUCCAUGAGCAUGAUGAUUCUAUUCAUUUUGCUGUCUUGUAGUUUGUAUGGAAAUAAGCAUUUUAUGCCUUUCAUCUGAAAUACGUUUUAAUAACCCAGCAUUAGAAAAUAGAAAUUCGCCUUUCCAGUUUGAAUGCUGUGUAGAUUAAAAACAAAGAUUAGUUCCUUUUUCUUUCAUAGAAUAAACCCAG